AUGGCAACCUCACAUCCCAACGAGCCACCACCUAGCUACGAAGCCGCCAUCUUCGACGCCGAACCCUCCCAAGGCAUCCACCGCGUCUCCACCGACGGCCCUGCAGCCCGCACUGAACGCAAUGGCAUUCCGCCCGAGCGCCGCCGCUCCAUGGAAGACGAGAUGCGCGCGCUCCCUGAUGGUUGGGUCCGUAGUUUCGACCCAGAGACCUCCCACCAAUUCUUCGUCGACACCAAAUCCGAUCCUCCACGUAGCAUAUGGACGCAUCCAUACGACGACGAGCAGUACCUCAACACUUUGACCCCCGAGGAGCGUAAGAAGCACACGCGCAUGCACCGAACCAUGACACUGGAGGACCUCACAGCUGAGGACUCGGAUGCCGAAGACCAACUCCCUCCGCGACCUACAUCGAAGGGUAAAGGUGCUGCGGCGCCUGGAGAACCAACGGGUAUACAUAAGUUUUCGCGAAAGCUCAAGGACAAGAUCACCGGUCAGACGCAUGAGCAGCGCGAACAGUCCCGUUCUCAGCGUGCGGAGCAGGAACGUCAGGCUUAUCUCCAACAUCUGCGCACAAGACAGGCCCUUAUACGCGCUAUGGAGACGGGGCAGCCGCAGUUGUUGGGCAAGGACCGCCAGGGCAGGGAUGUGUAUAUCGAGCCGCCUCAUGGCCCGUAUGCUCCACGGGGAGCUUAUGGGUACAACCCGUAUGGUGCCCGCCAGUUUGGAAAUCCUGGUGUAAGGUAUAUGCGUCCUGCUGGGCCGUACGGUAGGCCGUAUGGGUACGGCUAUGGAGGUGGUGCGGGCCUGCCCAUUGCAGCUGGUUUCCUUGGUGGCGCUAUGCUGGGUGGUGCGCUGUUCUAG